AUGGGUACUCGACCCAUGACGACUAAAGACGAUGGUGUCGUAGCUAAGGACAAGGGCAAUACAAACAUCACUUUUUCCUCUUUUCCUGAUCGUACGAGCUCUAAUACAGCAAAAUCAUCCUCCGUAUCAACUACUAAAAUGGCUUUUCAGCGUCCGUCUCGUGGUAGUAAUUCCCUUGAUGACACGAAUUACCAUAUGAAGAGCUUUAGCUCGAUUGGAGGAGAUCAAGACGCAUUUCAAAGCAGCAGUCAAUCAGCGGAUGUAUUGUACCGUCGACCAAAUAGUGAGAAGCAUCUUCAUACAUCGUCGACCAUGAGCUACGUGGGCUCUGGACGUGUUGCCAGUGAACGCGUCGGUGGUCGUCGACGCGCUGAGACGGACAAUCACAUGCGCGCGUCAUUGCCACCAACGCUCUCAAGCAAUAUAGUGCUGGACCGUCGACUGUUACAUAAAUACGAGCAGGUGAAUCAGGAAAUUAAACGGAUUGUGAGUGCGUCCCAACAGGACCAACUUGUUUUGGAUGCCGACGCUCCGAACGCGAAACAAAUGAAGAGUGAGUUACGUCAAGCUAAAAAGAGCUCGGCACAAAUGAUUCAUGCACAGAAAGAGCUGCUGGACAAGAUUGAGAAGCACGAACGUGGUGGAUUUCGCCGAGUGUUUACUCUAAAUAAGGCAGCAAAGAUGGCUAAAUUAAGGACCAAGCUUUGUGCAAAGUUGAGUGAGUCAGUGCUGGUGGAUGAAGAGCUGCAGAGACUUGAGAGACAGAGCACAGCAUUGUCAGCCACAGCGUUGGGGACAAUUACGCAAAAUGGCAAGGCUGUUGUGAAUAUCAGCAAUGUCCAUGGAGCUGGAGGUAACAGCUUUGCAGCGACCAACAACUUUGCGAAUACUGGCAGUAGCGUCUCUAGGAUGAGUGCGAAUGGGCGAAGCAACUUGGACGAAAGCACUCGUGACGUGAGUGGCAGUGAGAGCAGUGGACCAGGUGCGAUGGUGAGAAUGAGUUCAGGCUGGGAAGAUGCUCAGGAAGAGCUGUUGAUGCUUGAAAGAGAGAAGGAAGACAUUCUUAACAACUUGUUCCAGGCCGUGGACAUGCCUGCCGUGCUGGAUCUACAUGCGCGUAUUGCAAGCUUUACGAGUGAGAUUAAAGCAGUAGCAAGUGUAAAGAAGCAGGCUGACCGUGUUGAGGAAAUGUACCGGAAGGCACUGCAUUUGCUGCGUGUGGCACUUGCUGCAGUCGUAUCACCAAAUUAUUCCGGUAGCAUCCGCGAGUUUGCUGUCAGUUCGUAUCCACUAGCAGUGGAGGCGGGCCAUCUAAUUGAGCAAUGUUGCCACGUGAUUCAGCCAGAGGCACGCCGCAAGUACGAGUCCUUUGCGUCAGAAUUGACUCACGUGAGACCACCAAAGUUCCCGCAGCCGGUGUCCGAUUUUGCACGGCGCUCAAGGACACAUUACGACCCGCAUAGUGCGCUCUCGAUCGAAGGGAUGCGUAACUUACACGCAGCUGAGAAUGUUAUCAUUUUGUUGCAGCGGCUGGUGAUUCAGAAGCUGGAAGGCAUUGAAAAAUGGCAGGCCAAGCUCAUUAAUGACCAGGAGGCUGCUGAACGCGCCCACGCGCAGAUGGAAACAAAACUACAGGAGCAGGUGGCGGUACUGGCACGUUCCGUCUCAGUUUAA